AUGUCUCUCGUGACCCCCCGCAUUCUCCCCGAAUAUCUGCAACAGUUUUAUUCUUCUGGCCCAACAAGCGGUCGAAUUCCGAGUGCAGUACGGAUACUGGGCAGAGUAUCUUCAUUACGCGGAGAAUAUGCUACUAUCACUUGCGGCGAUCACGGCGAUAUCACCCUCAUAUUGAACAGAGACUCCCAUCUACAGAUGGAUCGAAUGGUCGAUGUGGUUGGAAAAGUUGUCGAAGUCGAGGGUAGUCUUGGUCUCAGAGUAUUUGGGGCUACAGAUUGUGGCAGCCCGCAUGAAGUUGACUAUAAGAUCUAUGAGCAAGUUGUGGAAAAUACACAUAGGUUCAAGACUAUUUUUUACGACUCGGGCUGA